CGUAAUUCAUUGUGAGCCUGCUUUGGAGACGCUUCUAUCCCGGCGCCACUUGUUUCUAUGGAGGUCCCUCCAGCUAGCUUUAGCCGGACUCUGCUACACCUACACCCUCCUGUUCCUCUAUCGCCUACCCCUGACCCAUACCGUCGGGCGGAGAAUCUUUGAUUCGCAGUUUACCCACUUCAUCAAGUUAAACAUUACACCAAAAACCAAACCCAGGACUUCGCUUGACUUUCCUUUUCGUGAAAACACCAACCAAGAAUUAUUUAGGAUUCUCCAAGCUUUAAAUGCUCCUCCGUAUAUGCCUCUAGUUGAAGCUUUAGAGAGGUAUGCAUCUGUUGUCAAUGAUUCAAUCAUUGAACAAGCUAUCCGCUCGGGAUUCGGUCUUCAAGAAUACACCCGAGAUGGGGAAAGCUUUUGGGUAGAAAAUGGCGUUGAAUAUCAUCGUUUUCCUUACAAGGAACCCCAAGAAAACAGAUACUACAAUUCUGAAUACGAGGCUUACAUUCCUUUCAAUGAGACGACAUUUUUUGAAGGGGCAUCAGCAGAUCCAGAAUAUUCUAAAGGGGGUAGGAAGAUCAUUCUAUGGUGGCAGCAAAAGGUGGCCCAAUUAGACUUCCCUGGACUGGCGCUAUUAAGGGCGUGUCCGGAUUUUCCGUGUGUGGUGACGUCAGACCGGAAGUACACGAAUGCCAGCAGUGUGAUGCUCGUUGAUGUCCAAUUUGUCCAGCACGAAAUGCCCCCGCCCCGCCACGCCCACCAGAUAUUCGUCCACUACCAAAUGGAAGCCCCGUCUCACAACAAAUUCUGGUGGUACCAUGACCUCUUCCAGACAUCCCCCGCCUGGAACUCUGCCUUCAACUGGACCAUGUCCUACAGGCGGGACUCGGACAUCCCAACUCACUACGGGCUUAUCCGGAAAAGGCUGAAACCCAGUGAAAAAAACUACACGGACAUUUUAUCCGCCAAGACAGGACAAGUGGCGUGGCUUGUCUCGAACUGCAAGUCCAACUCCAAACGUGAAGAUUACGUCAGAGUCCUCGGGAGUCACGUGAACGUGGAUGUCUACGGGGAGUGUGGUUCCUUCCACUGUACCAGGGAACAAGACCAACUUUGUUUUCAAAAGAUCCGGAAAAAAUACAAAUUUUACCUGGCUUUUGAGAGUAAUUUAUGCCCGGAUUACGUCACGGAAAAACUUUUCCGGUUCUUCGACGCGGAUUUUAUUAUCAUCGCCCGCGGGGAGGACUGCUACUCGCGGAUUCUUCCCCCUGAAACUUUCCUGAACACGGCGAGGUUUAACUCCCCUGAAGAGCUGGCGGAAACCAUUCUGUAUCUGGACUCUCACGACGACGCGUACCUGGCCAUGUUGAAGGAGAAGGACAAGUACUUCAGCAUCUACGAGGACUACCCCCUGCCGGCCGUCCACCCCACAUACCUGGAGUACCGGUACGAGGCCGUGCCCAUGUGCCGGCUGUGUCAGAUGGUCUGGAACUUGAAGAAAUAUUCGAAGACGAUCCCAGACAUGAAGGCGUGGUUCAGGAGAGGGGAUUUCCGGUGUCACCCACCGGCUGAUGUUACUUGAACCGGAUGUCUUUUAACUGACCUAAGGAACAUGGGCAUAAAUUAAGUGACCAAAGGAACAUGGACAUAAAUUAAGUGGCCUAGGGAACACGGACAUAAAUUAACUGACCUAAGCACAUGGACAUAAAUUAACUGACCUAAGGAACAUGAACCAAAAUUAAGUGGCAACUUUUAGUUACAUGAGCGACUAAUCCAGUUUUAGAACUGGCCUAAACGUUAACUAAUAACACGUAAAAAGUUAUCAUGUGCAUGUUAUAUAACAUGGUGUAGGUGUAAUUUGUGUUAUAUUAUAUAAGAUUUGGGAGUCGGAUAUAAAGAAAUGCAAUUAACACAGCCUUUUUUUCUUCAUACAAGUAUUAUGUAAUAUAAGUUGUCGUGGACUGUGGAAAAUAUAUAAAAAUUGUGGGCUAAAGAUUGGAUAGUAGUGCAUUUUUGUGUUGUAUAAGUGCAAGAUU